AUGCAAUCAAAAGAAAAAGUCCAGGCAUACAGCAUACAGCAUACAGCAGACAGCAGACAGCAGACAGGACUACCACUGCGUGAUGGCAAAGUCUGCGAGCGCUGCAACUUGCCGAUGUCAACAAACGCUGCCGCUAUUGAUUCCAGCCAGGAAACGACACGAUCCAGUGAACGGACCUCAGCCUCACGGCAACACGUGACGCCACUUUUCUUGUUGAGCUGUGGUAUGUGGAGGUGCUAUCGGCGCGGCAAGCGAGGAAUUCGGCGUUCACUGCCCGUGAUGCCAGGGGACCCCCCCUCCCCCCUCCCCUCCCUUGCACGCCUCGCGCGAUGGAUGAUAACGACUUACCCCACCAAUUCACGGCCAGCUCGGAAAUUGAGUUUGACACCUAUCCCUGUCUGCCCGGAAAGACCAAAUGUGGCUGGAAAGUCGAUGGACUUGCCUUGUUUGGGAUUGGCAAACUCCUCUGUGACUUUGCUCGCUGCGAUGAAGCGGAAGCACUAUGGUGCCUGUGGUGGUUCUCAUGUUAGUGUCAUGGCACAUGUACUACAUGUAGUAAGCGGCUGCCGCGGGGUCGAGCGUCGUCUCUCGGUACCGAUGAGACGCGCCGAGUUGCCCAUCUGGUGUCUGGUGUCUGGUGUCUCUGGCAAGUUUCAAGCAGACAAAAAGGGCCGAAGCAAACAUCAUCCUCGCAUGAAAGACGCAUACUAUGUACAAGUAUGA